AUGACCGACCGACCCCGCAACGAUCGACCACCGGUAACCAAUGCUUCCAAAGACGUCAGGGCUGCGGCAAUCGACAUUAUCACCGACACUCUUGCAACCCCCGAUAUGACCGAUACCGCGUCUGAAGAAGUCCGGACCCUUAGCAUCGGCAAGGGACAUCGGCAUCGUACUGGAUGGGUCGUGACGAAAUGUGGUACAUCUACCCCUGAUCUGCCCGGCCAGAUUACGUUAGCCGCCUUCGGUUGCCGAAUUCUUCUGCUUCUGUUGGAGGAAGAAGAGUCUGACAAGGAAGCAGAGUCUGAGAGAGGUUAUCUCUACAAGGAGCUAGAGGCCCUGACGAGUUUGCAAGAGAAGCUUGUAUUGAACAAGCCAAGGAGCAAGGAAGAGGAAGAUUUCCUCGACGCGGGGUACAUCGGAUUUUGGCCAAUCUGCCUAUCGAGGCAGGUUACUCAUGUCAUAGAUGUCCUCAACCGAAGGGUCGAGGUCAUCGAUAUGAGACCGUGA